GGGUGUGUUCCUCAGAGUACUACGAUUGUGCAAUUAAAGCUAGAGCAAAGAUGCUGCAACUACAGGCUGCAGGAGCGACUUCUACGGACGAUCUCCACCCAGCGGAACACUGUCUGGACGGCAACCCGGAAACUUUCUGGCUGAGCACUGGACUGUUUCCACAAGAACUGGUCCUCUCUCUCCCCUCGCCCACCAGGAUUGUCGCAGUUCACCUGCGAUGCUGCAACGUCAAGCAGAUGUCACUCCAGCAUUCCACUGAAGAAAUGCCAGGAGGGUUUACUGAGCUAGCUAAAUCAGGUAAUCUCGAGCAAAGAUCGUUUGUAGGAGUAUGGAAAUGUAUCAUUUCUUGCAGAUUUUCAGUCACAGGUUGGUCAUGUCCAGUCGGAGCAAUUUAAGUUGCAGAGUCCAGUUCUCACAAGACACUUGAAACUUGUCAUAACAAAGGCCUAUGCUCAUUUCGUCUCUUUUCAUUCCAUCAAUAUCACUCCAACUUAACAUUGUUGAUGGUUGAAUGACUGC